UGUGACUCUGCAAAACUUCAGGUGACGAUGGCGAUGGCCAGCCCAGGAGGAAGUAGAGGGGCCCGGCUGUGUACUAUGCUGCUUGGGGCGGAGCGGCAGCCUCAGCCGGGUGGGCAGGAAGGACGAGGCCAGCUGCCGGCAGCAGCCAUGGCCGAGGCCGGGGACCAGAGCAUCCACACGCAGCACAUCUCAGCCACGCACAACAUACCCAUGCGUGUCCUCAUCCGGCCCAUCCCGGCGGAGCUGGAGCCAGGCAAGGUGCAGAGCCUGGUGGAGACCCUGCAGAAAGAUCCCGAGCAGGUGCCCCCCAUCGACGUGCUCUGGAUCAAGGGCAGCCAGGGCGGGGAUUACUUCUACUCCUUUGGGGGCUGCCACCGCUUCGCCGCCCACAAGGUGCUCAACCGGGAGACCAUCCCCGCCAAGAUCAUCCCCUCCACCCUCAGCGACCUCCGCACCUACCUGGGCUCCUCCACGCCCCACCUGCGCUAACGCGGCGCCGCGGAGGAUGCACGGCCCCUCGCAGCCCCCCCCCCCCCCCCCCGGCAGCUCCCUGCCCCGACGGGUCGCCGCAGGGUCCCCGUGGACUGAGCUGGGCCUGAUCCUGGGUCCCCGUGAGCCUCUGGUGGGAAUGGGGUCAGGGUCCCCCCGGUCCUGGGGGGGGGUCCCUGCGGGUCUGGGGUGUCCCCGCGCUACCCCAGCCGAGAUGGCAUCAGGGUCUCGCUGGCCGCGGGAGGCGCCCGGGGCCGUGCGGCGCGGCGGGGCCGGCAGGUGGCGCUAUUGUGCCGCGCUGCGCCGCGGGACCGGGGCGGGACGGCACGGGGUGAACUGGGACGGGAUAAACCGGGAUGAACCGAGAUGGGACGGGACGGGAUGAACCGGGACGGCACGGGGUGAACUGGGACGGGAUAAACCGGGAUGAACCGAGAUGGGACGGGACGGGAUGAACCGGGACGGCACGGGGUGAACUGGGACGGGAUAAACCGGGAUGAACCGAGAUGGGACGGGACGGGAUGAACCGGGACGGCACGGGGUGAACUGGGACGGGAUAAACCGGGAUGAACCGAGAUGGGACGGGACGGGAUGAACCGGGACGGCACGGGGUGAACUGGGACGGGAUAAACCGGGAUGAACCGAGAUGGGACGGGACGGGAUGAACCGGGACGGCACGGGGUGAACUGGGACGGGAUAAACCGGGAUGAACCGAGAUGGGACGGGACGGGAUGAACCGGGACGGCACGGGGUGAACUGGGACGGGAUAAACCGGGAUGAACCGAGAUGGGACGGGACGGGAUGAACCGGGACGGCACGGGGUGAACUGGGACGGGAUAAACCGGGAUGAACCGAGAUGGGACGGGACGGGAUGAACCGGGACGGCACGGGGUGAACUGGGACGGGAUAAACCGGGAUGAACCGAGAUGGGACGGGACGGGAUGAACCGGGACGGCACGGGGUGAACUGGGACGGGAUAAACCGGGAUGAACCGAGAUGGGACGGGACGGGAUGAACCGGGACGGCACGGGGUGAACUGGGACGGGAUAAACCGAGAUGGGACGGGACGGGAUGAACCAGGACGGCACGGGGUGAACUGGGACGGGAUAAACCGGGAUGAACCGAGAUGGGACGAGACGGGAUGAACCGGGACGGGACGGGAUGAAACGGGACAGGAUGAACCAAGAUGGAACGAACCAGGCCGGGAUGAACUGGGAAGGGUCGUGCCAGGAUGAACUGGGACGGGUCAGGCCGGGCUUAACGGGCGCGGCUGAACUGUGACAGGCUGAACCGGGAUGGGAGGGGCUGAACCGGGGCACGGUUCAACCGGGACGGGAUGAACCGGGACACACUGGAACUGGGCCAGUUCACAGCCCAUCCAGGGCACAGCUGAACCAGGAAGGGACACAGGCAAAGCGGGGCACAGCCAUACCUGGAGCACAAGCGGUACUGGAGAACAGCUGAAGCGGGGCACAGCUGAACCAGGAGGAGGCUCAGCCGAACUGGGCAUGGCCAGUCCCCAGCACCCCCCCAGCAACUCUGGGCUCACUCUGUGCCUGGUGCAGGAGGAUCCCAGGCUAUGCUUGUCCCAAAACCACCUGCCCCCCUCCCUGGACACAUCCCGUGGUCCCCCUCUUCAUGGGGGACAUCUCCAAAAUGGUGUGGUGGGGACAUGCACUGCUGCACCUGGAAUAAAGGCAAUGAAACCCCCACA